CUGGUUGAUUGUAAACACAGGGAGACCCACCUUAGUCUUCUCAUUUAUUAUUUAGUGUUUCUCUCCUUCAUUUUUUAACAGUUACACCUCAUUUUUCCAGUGAAAACUCGAGAAACGUGAAUGAAUAUAUACGAGUAGAGUGGACAGACCGAGUAUCACAUCCAUUCCUGUAAUUCGGGAGGAAAAGAAUACAUAAUUUGUGUGGCCUUAGGUUUAGCUUCACAAUGGCAUGUGGAGGAUGGGAAGGAGGUGUUGAUCCAGGCCAGCUUGAGGCACGUCUGAGGGCGGGAAUUGAAGCGGACAGACGCUACGCAGCGGAAAAUUCUGCCAAAAUCCGUGCCAUCCACUCAGCUCCUACCUAUGAUGAGUUUAGACAGCUUGUGUUGGGGACCCACUUGAAGCCACUUGAUCGAAAUGACAAGAAUAAGGUUCGUCCGUCCAUUUGGAACUCCAUAGCAUCAUCGGCAACGAAGAAGUGUAGCAAACUAACACCCCAUGAUACAGAAAAUUCUGUAUAUCCUACUGAUGUUCAGUAUGAUGUAAACAAUCCACCCAGUACAACUGAGGGCCUUGUCCAGCUGUGGGAGAGACUGGAUCUUGCAGAGAGAUUGGAACUGCUAAGGAACCUCACAGCACAGUCUACAGAGAGGUUGGCUGGAGGCUUGGUGGCUGGGGGUCUUUUGGGAGACGCAAUCACCACUCUGCUUGCAUUCACACCAACUGUCAGUGAUGUCGUUAUGGUGGUCAAUAUGCUACAGGCUCUAACACUGGCUAAAAGGUUCACCCUGAGUGUAACCUUAGUGUGUGGAGAGGAGCG